CAAGAAUUUAUAUCCUGAGAAUGAAUAAAAGUCGAAACGGCUUGCCAUACUGGGUGGAGCUGAUGAAGAGUAUAUGAUCUGUGAUAGUCUGAAACUGAAACUACUCUUGAAAACACUGCAUCUGUCUGAAGAUCAGCAUCACAGUUGUGCAGCUCCGCUGAAAACAGGAAGACAGAGGACAAUGGCUCUGCGUCACAGAACGAACAAUGCAGCGCCUCAGCAGAACAAUAACAACAUCAAUAUCGUCCUUCUGGGGAAAACUGGAGUUGGGAAGAGUUCGUCAGGAAACACCAUCCUGGGCGAGAACAGAUUCACGUGUGGAAGAAGUCUGUCUGCUGUCACACAUGAAUCUAGUGUUGAGAGAUCAGUGAUUGAGGGCAGAUCUGUGUCUGUUAUUGACACUCCUGGGUUUUUUAGUACUAAUCUUUCCCAAGAGCAGCUGUCGAGGGAGUUUGCGAGAAGUGUGUUUCUUUCUUCUCCAGGAGUUCAUGUGUUUUUAUUCAUCGUGCCAUUCGGCAGGUUCACAGAGCAGGAGGAGGAGAUAUUGACACGAGUGCAGAAGGUUUUUGGUAAAGACGUGCUGAAGCAUGUUAUUCUCCUCUUCACAUACGGGGAUGAGUGUAUCAGAGAGAGAAUGGAGGCAGAGAUUGAUGGGAAUGAUGUUGUCAGUAGAGUUGUUCAGAGCUGUCAGGGUUAUCACGUCCUCAAUAACAGAGAUCUGACUGACAGACAGCAGGUCACUGAUCUACUGCUGAAGAUUGACACAAGGAUAGUGACGAAUCAGGGCUACUACACUAAUGAGAUGUAUGAAUGGGCACAAAUGUGGCCAUGGGAAAAAUUCUGGAAAAUACUUAGGGACUUUUUUUAUGAAGUGAUAGCCUUUUUCCAGAACCUGGCUAAAAGUUUUGAUAAUAGCCACUGGAAACAAAAAAUGGCUCCGUAUAUGAGACUCUAAAGAACUAAGACAUCAGUUCUUUAAGCCUACUUCUGAUUUAGUUCAUAAAACAUGGUUAAAUAUAAACUAAAUGUGGAUGACAGUCUGCUCUGCUUAUUGAAAUAUUAAUUAAUUGAUAUAACGUAAGUCUCUGUGUGUGACUUCAAGUUUGAUAACACUUUAAUGUGUCCUUGUUACAUGUACUUACUAUUAUAAUUACAGUACAUUAUGCAUAAUUACAUGCAAGUAACCCUAAGACAAACUCUAAUCCUAUAGUAAAUACAUGUUGUUAAUUAAUAUUACUCAGUCCCUGUAAAACAAUGACACCUUAAAUAAAUUAACUGAAAAUUUGUUAUAUUUUAGCUACAUUGUACUUGUGCACGUUCAGUUGUCGUGCAUGUUUGUAAAUGUUCGAAAUGAUUGUCGUUAAAUGUUAAAACAGAUCAUAUUUGUUUCUCAAACAGAAUAGGUAUGCAUGAUACUUUAUGUUUAGAUGUUUCAUUUAUUAAAAAGUGUCUUGUGUAAAUAGAUCCUUUCUGAACUAUGAUUAUGAUUAAAAAAAAGCCGUACAGCAGACAUUUCAUGACUUAAUGUAUAUUCAGCCAGCACCUAUUAAAAGCAUUUUCUGCUCAUCUGCAUUGUGCAAAAUAUCUAAUUCUCAACAGUUUAAGUUUUGCCUAUUAAAUUAUUAGAAUGUAACCUUUCUGUAAGAAACAUUUUACUAAAUAUUCUCAAAAUAUGAUUAAACUUUGUCAAAAUGUUACAGAAAAUUGUCUCUACACAUCUGUUACUCUACAUUUGUGCUCUUAGUUUUUUAAGCUCAGAAGUGUUUAUGCUUAGUGGACAUUUUAUUCAGAGUGUAAUUUUCAUACAUGUACUGAUAUGUUGAUGUAAUUCAUUAUACCUGUUCAAGUCUGACAGAUGCUGACAAAUGUAUAACAUCUACUUAAUAAUAAACACAGAUAAGACCUUA